ACGUCAUGGAGACAAAUCAAAAACGUAAUUCUAUUUUUCUAUUUUCUUAAUGUUAAUUAAUUUUGAUUUUAACCUUUAAAUUAGCUUAUUUAUAAUGUAUUCUCGUUGUGGCAGCAGUGGUUCUAUUCAAAAUAUACAUCGAACACCGUCUUCAUCCAAUCAUAACUCAGAGGAUGAAGAUGACAGUGGCGAUAACAAAGCAUCUGCUCUGAGCUUUAAAGAAAGGCGGAGGGAGGCUCAUACUCAGGCAGAGCAGAAGAGAAGAGAUGCCAUUAAAAAAGGUUAUGAUUCAUUGCAAGAACUCGUACCUACCUGCCAACAAACUGAUGCUUCAGGAUACAAACCCAGUAAAGCCGCUGUUCUUCAGAAGUCAAUAGACUAUAUCCAAUACUUACUUCAACAACGGCGACGGCAAGAGGAAGAGCGUAAUGCGCUCCGGAAAGACGUUGUCGCUUUACGUAUAAUGCAAGCAAAUUACGAGCAAAUAGUCAAAGCACAACAUUCAGUUCCUGGUCACAACGAACAGAGGCUAAGCGACCAGGAUAAGUUUCAAGUCUUCCAGGGGAUAAUGGAUAAGCUCUUUGAGUCCUUUGAGUCGGUCCCAACCAACAAUUUUGCCGAGUUCUCUGCAGGCGUAUUCAACUGGCUGGAAGAAUAUUGCAAGCCUCAAUCGCUUCGGACUUUGGUGCAUGGUGUGUUACGGGAACAAAAUUAUACACCUUAGUUAUAACAUAUAAGUUUAACAAUUUCAUAUAUGAAAACAUCACAGCCAUAUUUUUACUCUUAGUGAAUAUAUAUGAUUAUCUAAUAAACAAGAGAUAACUCAAAUAAAAUGAAAUAAAAGACGAAGCUUAAGAUAAUAAAACACAGAUAAUGUUUCUAUUCAUAUUUUUUAUCUAUUUCAUAAUAUCGUCAGUGCCUUGAA